AAUUUGUUGAAAAAUAAAAUAAAAAUAAUUGGAAUUAUUCAUUUUCUCCUUUUUCAACUCUCAUAAAAUUCAACAUCAUACACCAACAAAUCCAAUUCUCUGACAAAGCUUCUGAAUUCUGGUUUCUUUUCUCUCUCUUCACAUUUUCAGAGACAUUGCAGAUACCGCAGGAUCAUGACUGACACUAAUAGUGCUCACUCCGAAAAGAAACUUAUCCGAGUUGACGUUAGUUCUGAUACUGUAUGUCCAUGGUGCUUUGUUGGCAAAAAGAAUCUAGACCAAGCCAUAGCUAAAUCUAAGGAUAAAUACAACUUUGAGAUAAUUUGGCAUCCCUUUCAACUCAACCCUGAUGCCCCUAAAGAAGGCAUUGAAAAGAGGGAGUUUUACAGGAGCAAGUUUGGAUCCCAAUCAGAUAAGAUGGAAGCUCGGAUGACGGAGAUCUUCAAGGUGGUCGGUCUUGCUUAUAGUUUGUCCGGACUCACGGGAAACACUAUGGACAGCCACAGACUUAUAUAUUUUGCUAGACAGCAGGGUCUUGAUAAGCAACAUGCUCUAGUUGAAGAACUUGGUCUUGGUUAUUUCACCCAGGGAAAAUAUAUUGGUGACCAGAAUUUUCUUGUGGAAGCUGCUACCAAGGUUGGUAUAGAAGGCGCAGAAGAGUUUCUUAAGAAUCCCAACAAUGGGCUGAAGGAGGUGGAGGAUGAGCUUAAUGCACACUCAGGAAAUAUUACAGGAGUUCCAUAUUAUGUGAUUAAUGGGAAUCAGAAGUUAAGUGGUGCACAGUCCCGUGAAGGGUUCUUGAGAGCUUUUCAAGCUGCUACAAGUUGAAUUUCAGCACUACAAAGUUUCUAAUUCUAUUGUCUUAUAUUACAAUAUUACAAUGAUACUAUAGAAAUAAGAAGCUAGUGUCAUGUUGCAUUAUAUAAGUGGUCUAGCGCAAGCGGUGGAUGCGCACUGAGUUUUGUAAACUCCAUGCUAUCGAAUUCGAUUCCUAAUCAUCAAUAAUAAAAUGAAUGACUUUGCUAUUUAUAAA